GGCUCCUGGACACACGGCCGUCACACCGGUCGCGGGACUCGCGACGCGCACAACCGCCGCUCCCGCCCACCCGACCGCCACCAUGGUGCUGUCCGCUGUCGCGGGCCUGCUGCCCGUCAUGGGCGUGUUCGAGGUGCUCGUCGCCGUCCUGGGGCUGCUCGUCGUCCGCUACUACCUGAGGACGGCGAACUUCUGGACGUCGCGAGGCGUCCUGUCCAAGAACGGGGUCCCCAUCCUGGGCAGCUCCCCAUCCUUCAUCCUGCAGUCGGAGUUUCGUGGCACUAUCAUGCAGAGGUUCUACACGGAGGCCCGCGCCAAGGGCGCGCCGUGCGUCGGGCUGUUCGUGGGCUCCCAGCCCGUCCUGCUGGCCGUCGACCAGGACCUGCUGCGGAGCGUCCUGGUCAAGGACUUCUCGCACUUCAUGGACCGCGGCAUGCCGUUCGACCGGCACAACGAGCCGCUCACCGCGAACCUCUUCAACAUCGAGGGCCAGGAGUGGCGGACGCUGCGCCACAAGCUCACGCCCACCUUUACGUCGGGCAAGAUGCGCAACAUGUUCCCGCUGGUGCAGGCGUGCGCCGACGAGCUGACGGCCGUGCUGGCCGCCGAGGCCGCCGCGGGGAGGCCCGUCGAGAUGUUCGAGCUGCUGGCGCGCUUCACCACGGACAUCAUCGGCAGCUGCGCCUUCGGCAUCCAGGCAAACGCCCUCAAGGACCCGAAUUCGGAGUUCCGCGCCAUGGGUAAGCGGGCCUUCGACAUGAACAUCCUGCAGACCUUCUUCAAUAUGGUCAUGCCCCGAGCCGUCCCCUACGUCAAGAUGGUCUUCCCCGUCAGGCUCAUUGACAAGGACGUCGCCGACUUCUUCACCAGUACCUUCGAGGAGAAUGUCAAAUACAGAGAGAAAAAUAAGGUCCUUCGUCACGACUUCGUAGACCUGCUGAUGCAACUGAAGAACAAGAGCAACGCCGACACGGAGGGCAUCGACGCGGACAUCCUGCCGGCACAGGCGUUCGUGUUCUUCCUGGCCGGGUUCGAGACGUCCUCGAGCACGCUGGGGAACGUCAUGACCGAGCUGGCGUACAACCAGGACGUGCAGGACAAGGUGCGGGCCGAGGUGCAGCGCGUCCUCCCCAAGCACGGCGGCGACAUCUCGUACGAGGCGCUGAGCGAGCUCACCUACAUGGAGCAGGUCAUCGACGAGACCAUGCGCCUGUACCCGGCCGCCUCCAACAUGGUCCGCAUGACGAACGACGACUACGUCCUGCCGACGACCGGCGCCGACGGCAAGCCCGCCGUGCUCCCAAAGGGCGUCAAGGUCAUCAUCCCGAUCUUCGCCAUCCACCGCGACCCCGAGUUCUACCCGGAGCCGGACAAGUUCAACCCGGACAACUUCUCCGAGGAGGCGAAGGCGGGCCGGCCCAACUACGCCUUCAUGCCGUUCGGCGAGGGCCCGCGGGUCUGCAUCGGGCUCCGGUUCGCCAUGAUGCAGAUGAAGUCGGGGCUGGCGACCAUCUUGAGGGCGUACCGCGUGCUGCCCGUGGAGGGCGACAAGCACUACCCACAGACGUUCGAGAAGAGGACGUUCGUGACCAAGACCGUGGGCGGAAACAAGGUCAUGCUCCGCGCCCUGUGAGGGCCACCGGAGCGUCGCCGGCAAACAGCUUUAACUCGAGUGUACAUAUAUUGUUAUUUUUAUUGUAAAAUUAAUCUAAGAAUAGACGAGUCGGAAAUUGAAA